AUGCAUCUCCUCUUACUUCACAUGCUCGUGCUUCUACCUCUGGGGAAGGCCAGCUGGCGCCUGGAGGGCCGCCAGAAUCAGAGUGCCCUUUCCCUGGUGCUCCUAGAAAGGAGUCGCAGGGAGCUCCCCACGGCCAACUAUGAGGAAUCUGAGGACAAGCCAGAUCUGUUUGUUGCAGUGCCACACCUAGCAGGCACCAGCCUAGCAGAAGAAGACCGGAGGCAGAGAGAGAAGACGCUGUCCAGGUUUGGCAGGUUCUGGAAGAAGCCUGAGAGAGAGUUGCAUCCGCUCAGGGACUUGGAAAGCGGGCACUUCCCACUUGCAACCCAAGCGCUCCCAGUGAAUGGGAUGAAAGUGGAGAAAUCUCCUCUCUGGGAAGAAGCCAAGAAAUUCUGGCACCACUUUAUGUUCAGAAAGGGUCCAGCUUCUCAGGGUGUCGUCUUGCCCAUCAAAAGCCAUGAAGUGCAUCGGGAGACCUGCAGGACAGUGCCCUUCAGCCAGACUAUCACCCAUGAGGACUGUGAGAAAGUUGUUGUCCAGAACAACCUUUGCUUUGGGAAGUGCGGGUCUGUGCAUUUUCCCGGAGCUGCGCCGCGCCCCCACGCCUUCGGCUCCCACUGCGCCCCCGCCAAGUUCACCACGCUGCGCUUGCAGCUGAACUGCACCAGUCCCGCCCCUGUGGUGAAGGUAGUGAUGCAGGUGGAAGAAUGCCAAUGCAAGGCGAAGACGGAACGUGGUCACGGACACCUCCUACCCUCGGGGUCCCAGGAGUCCUUCAUCCCAGACGUUUCAACUUAAAAAGCGAUUCCGUUAU